AUGAACACUACAAAAAAAAGUGCUGUUCUAAACAAUGGUUGGAUUCUGUGUCCUUCUAAAACCUUUUCAGGCAAAUUUUAUUAUUUUAAUGUUGCUAGCGGUGAAGCUGUUUGGACCUUAGACAGUAAUGAGAAAACCACUCCGAAAAAAGAUAAUGGUGUUAAUGUCCAAAACAUAAACAAUAGGUUCCAUAGUUACCCGGAACCAUCUACACCCCCUGAUGAUAGUCCAAAUAAUACUCCACCCAAUAUCUGGCCGAGUACCUCCACAUCAAACUCUUGGCCAACAAACAGAAAACCCUAUUUCCAAAAUGAAAAGUAUACCUUUAAAGGCCCAUCAGUCCCUUGGACAGAAUGCAAGCCAACACCAUUUCAGAAUCAAAUGUUUGCCCAACAAACUCCAAUGUUUGGCCAACCACCACACUUUGUUACAAAUUUAAACCCAUUUAUGCCUACCAUGCCAAAUGUUGGUCUGCCAAGUUUUGUUUGGACUCCAAUGCAGCUACCAAUGUCUCAAUGGCCCGUAAUGACUUCUGAUAGGAAACCUGUCAUAGAUAGAGAUACUCAAACACCCCAGAUAGACAGAGGAGUGUUUGUCCACACCAGUGGUAUACCUCUGAACCAAAAAUUUAUUAAUUAUGAAAAACCUUCUUUGUAUUUCAAUACAGAAAAUAAACUAAUAAAUAAACCAAAAUAUUUUGCAACAUCCACACCAUUAAAAAAUACUAAUUCAACAAUGGAAUUCUUUCAAAAUCAUACACCAUCAAAAUCUAUUCCUGAACAGGUUUUAAAUAUGGAAACUGAAUCACCAAUGAAUAAAGUUUUUGGAAAAUCAACUUCACGGACAUCUGAUAAUGAAAAAGCUACUUUGAAUCCUUGUAGUAAGAUUAAAUUUCCUAAAAAUUGGGUAAUAGAAGAAUUGGAAAUGGAAAACAAAACCAAUUUGCAUGAAUCUGACUUAAGAUUACUAUUGAAUGCUAAAAGGAAGAAAUUGCUAGAAGUAAAUGACCCUGUAGAAAAAAAGAAACCAAAAAUUGAUGGAAAUCAAGGACCAGUAAAGAAAAGAGUGUCAUUUGAAAUGGACAAAAUUAAUGAAACAUCUAUUACAAUAACUGAUGAACAAAAAAGAGUAAAUCAAUUUAUACCCACGACGAAAUACAAUAGCAGCUUUUACGAGAUAAGAACAUCGCAUUCACAAACCAAUAUAAAUGACUCUAAUACCUUCGAAAAUAAAAUUCCAAAAACAAUCAAUAAUAUUCCGAAGCAUGAUAUCUCAACAGAUAAUGAAGACGUAACUAAUGCCCAAAACGAUAUGACCAUAGAUAAUAUGACAUCAAAACAGUAUAACAUUCAAACAACGAAUGAUAUACCUUCAUGCCAAAUGAAUAUAUCCAAAAAAAAAGAUAAAAAUAAUAUUCCUCUAACAGAAAAUACAGAUGAUUGUCCUAAGGAAGUACCUAGGAGUAUGCCACAGUAUAAAGAAGUUAAGCUACCAGAAUUUGGUAUUGAAGCUCCCACAGUAUCUCCUUCGUACACUGUUCGAGAUAUCUGGUAUUUAAUUGUUGAUAUUGAUGUGCUGCUUGAAGACUUAGCACUCGUUGACCAGCUACUAAAAUCAGAUGAAAAAUGUAGGCUGGUUAUACCACAUUGUAUACACAGUCAACUGCAAGCGCUGUGCAUCGGGGAUUGUCGAGGUCAGCAGAGAGUGUUCGUCGCCAGGCAGCUGAUUAGAAGAAUCUCUACUCCACAGAAACAGUAUAUUGUGGAACCUCCCCCAUUGGACGAAAACACCAAUAUUGAGACCAAAGACGGUAUUUUGGACUGUUGUAUGCGGGUUUUGGAAAACCAACAUUGUGUGAUACUUAUAACUAACAAUCCGUAUCUCAGAGAAAAAGCGAGUACCCAAAACAUAUGCUGCUUUAAUACAGAUGAAAUAAGAAACGGAGCUAUACUGAAGCCCAGACUAUUCGCAGAAUUAAAAAAAAUAAAAGUGAUAGUUGAAAACGAAAACAAAAAUGAUACCACCGAUGACAACCAAGAGCCUGCCAGUAUACCAAUAGAUGUGUACAAAAAGCAAUUAUUUGUAAAAGAUAAACAAAUAGAAAAGAAUUGUGAUAUUUUAGUUAAUAUUACUAAACCUAAAAUGGAUCAAACUCUUCUCAAAACUUAUCAAUUGGAAACUAAUAAUCGUGUACAAUUAAAUUUAGAGGAAACAGAACAGGAAUAUGAGAACCAACCCCCAUGUCUGUCUCAAAACAAAUACAUUGAAAACAAGACUAAUACUCAAGAAACUGAAAAUGCUAGUGCCUCACAUACGUAUGAUUUUGAGAAUCUUAGGGUUCGCAAUCAAGACCCAAAUACAUUUAAUGCUAACAGUUUUAUUCCAAAUACAAAAUCUGAUACUCAAAAAAAUAUUACAAAAUCGCCUGAAUACUUUCAAACAAACAACUCUCAAAAUAGUAAAAUUAGAUUGGAUUCUACGCCGAAAGAUGAUAAUUAUUUAUUGCGUGCGAGUAUAUCGGAUGGAAUAAAGACCAAUGAAACAAGUGAUGAUCAUAAUGCAUAUUCACGUGGCGUAAAAGACAUAGUUUCUACAGCAUCAAGACAACGCAUAGAAAAAAUCAUCAGCGCCCUAAAUCCAAAGCUCCCUAACAAAAAUACUCCCAAUUUAAAGUCAUUUAAUAAAUUCAAAGUCCCCAAACUAAUUCCUUUUAAAAAAGAAACGAAAGUCACUACUCCACUCAAAGGCAGUUCAGCGACAACUGACAGUAUCCGUUCGAAUUUUCAAAAUUAUGAACAAUCGCUUGAGGGUAGCUUGAAAAAGUUUUGUGUAAAGAAUAAAAUGAUGCAAGAAAAACUCACAACUAAGAUGGACGAAUGGAUAUGUACUUAUACUCAAAUUAUGGAACAUUUGUUAACUGAUACAUUGCAGAAUAACUCUGCGUAUAUGCGCCAAAUGAACGUUUCGAAUGCAAACCUACAUGAGUCGCUGACAUGUUUAAAGAUGUUGUAUAAUGAUACAAAGUUGAGGAAGAUCCUACAAGUUUUGGUGAAAUUGUUGGAUCAGUGCACCUGUAGUAAAGGUAAAAUAAAACUGGACACCGCACCUAACGAUUUUAUGAAGAUGAUCGGAUGUGCCGUGCUCCUAGUACAGGCUUUGAAGACCAAUUUACCCGAUUUCAAAGUCCUGGACGAUUAUGAAUCGAUAUUGAACUGUUUGAUAAGCAACAUUGAAAGCAAGACUAUAGAUGUUGACCCCGAGCUACUCCGUCCUACCGCAGUCUGCCGGAGUGAGAUAGAAAAUGCGAAUAAAGAAGCUAGACGUAAUUUUUCAAAGAAUCCAUCAGUGAUCAUAGAGUACUUGAAAAAACAUUAUAAGGCAUGGUCGUCGUAUGACCAUAAACAAGAUGGUGAAUCCUCACAAACGAAUGACGCACCUAAUGGAAACUGUAAAGUAGUCAGAUUGUCUGGAAGAAAUAUAAAUAUGCUGAAAAUUGAUAACAAUAAGUCUUUAUCUUAUAUCAACACAAUCAAAGAAAGUAAUCCUAUUUUGGAAAAAGAGGCUGAAACUAAAUUAGUGAAGCUACUAGAUUCCUAUCAACUAAAUCAAGAUCCAACAAUUGCAGAUAAUGUCCAUCUUGAAGAUGGUAAACAAAGAAAAGCUGCACUAAGGAAACAAAGCAUAUUUUCAAUAGACAGUCACACUGAAAUUAGUGAGAAUGAUAAGGAAAGAACUGUUACAGGUGCAAAUACAACCAUAGACAACGAUUUGUCAACAAAGAAUCAGCCAAAACUUAAAAGAUUUACCGAAAACAUAAAGCAAUACAGUAAAGAUGACAGAAAUGAAAACAAAGAACCUAAUGUUAUUAGAAAUAUCAAACUUCUAGAUGAACAUGAAACGAGAAUAAAAAAUAAAGAACCUUUAGAUUUAGAUCAUUUAGAUUAUUCGGAAAUCAACGAUAGCAAUGCUGAAGCAAUAUCAGGCAUAUUUAAUGAACAUGAUGAAAAUGAUUUUGAUAAUUCUGAUGACUGUAAUUUUAAAAGUGAUGAUUUUGGUUGUGAUAAUUAUAAAAUCAAGUCUACUACUAGUUUUUUCCAGUCAUGCUUAGCAAACAAUAAUUUCAGCACUACUAUAAAUGACAAUAAUUCUAUGCGUAAUAUAGAUAUGAAUGAAGAUGACAAUAAUGACCUUCAAAACAAAUCCAUUACUGUAAAAAAAUGUUUACUAAUGUGUAAAGAAAUUGACAAAAUGGAAGCAAUAGAUAUAAUAAAACAGACUAAAGAAAAUUUUGAUAAUAGUACAAGAAAUCCUCCAAGAGACGACUCUACGAAUGAUUCAGGAUUUGAGAAUGAAACGUGCCAAGCUCAAACAUUGGUCCAAAUAUUUUUUAAGGAGCUGAGCAAUACAUUUCAAGUACUAUACAAGUUUAUUGUUGCAUUCGUGCAAGAAAUUCGUGAAGAAGUUUUGUGUGAAGAACGAAAGAAUCUUCUCCAUAUAAAAUCAAGCAAGCGCCUUCAAGCUAUCCGCGCUGUUAUUAAACAGUUGAAAUGUAUAAUCGAAAGGGAGUCGGCAGAAGAUACGCCGUUUAAAGCUACACUGCUAAGAUAUGACUUGCAAUCUACUAAAGACCCAAGAAUGUCUCAAUACAGACAAAUCGUCCAAAAGUGUUUGGAGCAAGCUGAAAUAUUGCAGAGUGCUCUGAAAAUCAUCGUCUGCGUUACCAUCGGUGAUAUAGACGCCAUGUCUACCAAUGCUGACUCUAUUUGUUCUAGUGUUAAAUAUUUAAAGAUCUACUAA